UGGAAACACUAUAGCCUCAAAGACACUUUGUGGCCACUGAAAAUAUCAUUAGGACUUUUAUAGCCAUAGCGAAUAGACCGCUUACGAACCAAAAAUGUAAUAUUCAAUAAACCAGUCACAUUUGGAGUGUUUUUAAUAUCGUCAUCGGUAGCAAUCAUUGUGUAAAAGUGUAAAAUGGCGUGUGAUUAUACUAAGGCCAAAUUUGGAAUGUCGUAUUCGUCAGGUGAAGAUUUAGCAUCGGUUAAACUAUUCAAGUGUUAUUCUGAUACGCUCCUGGGCUUCGCUUCUGCGUGCUGUGUGGCCUUCAUGGUCAUAGGCAUUCCUGGCAAUCUCACUACUAUCAUAGCACUUGCUAGGUGCAGAAAGGUCCGGAAUGCGACAGCAAUAUUCAUAAUAAAUCUCCACAUAUGUGAUGUGAUAUUCGGCAGCCUGAUUCUGCCGCUGACUGCUAUCACAUUCUUGCAGAAACACUGGACCCACGGAUGGACCAUGUGUCGUGUGUACGCCUACUGCAAGUUCACUUUAAACGCCGUCUCCAUCUUCACAGUCCUGGCCAUCACCAUCAACAGAUAUAUCAUUGUGUGUCACCCACUUUGGUACCCCAAAAUUUAUAAAAGAAGAAACAUGACAAUGAUGUUAAUCCUCAUCUGGACGUUAGCUUCAGCACUUUUUUUGCCGUCUUACUUCGGAGUAUGGGGCCGCUUUGAUUUGGAACCUAAUGGAGGAUUCUGCACGAUGCUUGAAGACAAAAAUGGGAACUCGCCAAAGAAAUACUUCUUAACUAUCGCCUUCAUAGGACCUUAUCUUACUAUAGCUAUAUCUUACGCUAUAAUUUGGUGGGUGGUAAUGAAAACUGCAAAAAAAACACGAGGACAAAAUCCUAGACCAAUGCGCCCAUCACAUUUACCUCUAGUACACACCCAAUCUGAGACGUCAACUGAUGGGAGGACACUUAUAAGCUUCGAUCCUGCAAGUCCUACAAAUAGUACAACUGACGAUGAUAAGACGCCGCCUAGCAGUGCCAGUUCUACACCUCGUGACAACAAAACUUUUGAGAAAUACUUCAAAGCACCGUUUAGACUGACUAUAAAAGAAGUAAGACCAAGGGCACCGACAAGGAGAGACAAAAAACUGUUUGCAAUGAUCGCUGGGAUAAUGUUAUCUUACAAUUUAACCCAUUUGCCAUUGAUGGUGACAAGAUUGGUUUACAAGGAGUAUAAGUCAGAACCUUACGCUAACGUGUCGGCCCAUCUCUUGUCAUAUCUGGGGACUUGUAUAAACCCCAUCGUCUAUGUGUUAAUGUCGAAUGAAUACCGACAUGCGUACAGGAGUCUCUUUGAAGACGUUAUAAAUAAAUUCCGGAGGCAACAAUAUUAAUUAGCACCUGAAUAAUGAAGAAAUAAUUCAUAUGGUAAGCAGUAGGUAGUGCUACUUUAAUACCUAAUUUGGUGAGAACGAUACGGCUCCUGCAAAUAUUAUAAUGAAUUCAUGAUUACAAGGAGACAUAUAAACGCAUUGGUUAAAUCUCACUGAAAGUUCUGGUUGUGAUGUGAUACUGGACACACUUUUAAGGUGUCAAGGAAGUUCCUAAGGACCUUCCGAAAGAAGGACCAAUAAAGGAGUGAUCGUCAAGACGAAGAAUGUACAAAGCGGCCCAAAACGCUUUCGUUAACUGCACAAACGAAGGAUAAAUAGUAUUAUUAUUUAUUGUAUAAUAGUUAUAUAUAUUUUUGUAAAUACAUUCAUUGUAAAUAAAAAGUAAUUCAA